CUUUCCAUCCUCUUAAUUCUUACAAUGGUCUCACAAUAAGGAUAACCUAGUUCCUCGAUAAACGAUUUCUUAACAUUUGAACAUGAAAGUAACACUUGGCACAUGGCACAUCACAUUUCUCUUCCUAAGUUUAGUGACAACAAUUCAGACUAAGAUCUCUCAAGCGGCGUUCAAAGGAGACAAAACAUCUAAAACGACAAGCAAAAGUCACCAACAUCACAAAGCGGAGGUGAAGAAGGAAAAACGUUUUAUGAACGAACAUUCUCCGAAAGGCAGAGUAGUUUAUUCAUUCGUAACGGACAGGAACCGAUAUUUGCCGAGAAGGCCGCGCCUGUAUCGAGCUUUCGUUGUUAGGCGUCCUUUAACAGUGCAACAAUCGAUGGAAAACGCUAACACGCGUCAAAACAUUCCUUUCAUGGAGGUGGAACCUACAUAUCAUCAACAGCUUGUAAGAGUUCGUCCCAUUUCGCGACCAAUUUACUACUUGCAAGACACGCCUGAUGAACAAGAAGCAGAGUUCGAGGAUCCAUUGAAUGAACCUGUUGCUUUGAUGCCUGAGGAAUUUCCAGUACAUAUCGACGGCUGUCGUCCUAAUCCAUGUUAUAAUGGUGGACGGUGUAAGAGACUCAGACAUGGAAGAUUUAGAUGUGUAUGCCAUAGAGGGUACAGUGGUAGAUUAUGUAAUGUGCUGCGAACAAAAUGUAAACCGAACCCUUGCAUGAACGGAGGAACCUGCACUCAGCUGAAUGGAGGCUUCGAGUGCACAUGUUCAUUUGGCUACAAAGGAGAAACGUGCAGUCAGGAAGCCAAGUGUGGAAAUAAUCCGUGUCAGAAUGGAGGCUCGUGUACCGAGCUGGACACGGGCUUCCAGUGUAGCUGUGCUCCUGGGUAUCGUGGGAAAAAAUGUCAAGAAAUAAGCUACUGCUACAAGACACCCUGCAGAAAUGGCGGAACUUGUACUGAAACAGACACUGGGUUCGAGUGCGUCUGUCCAUCACAGUGGAACUGUAUCGACUGCAGCUGUAGCGCUGUUAAUGGUAUAAAGCAUUCUCUGGAUAAUUGUUUACCAAAUCCCUGCCAAAAUGGAGGCACCUGUUUUUCUACUCAUGAUGGCUUUAAAUGUCUCUGUAUGCAAGGUUACAAAGGAAAGUCAUGUGAAGCGGUUGAAUAUUGCAAUACUGAACCAUGCCUGAAUGGUGGAACAUGCAAAGAGACCGCAACGAGUUACAUCUGCCUUUGUAAAAGUAGAUUUCGAGGAAAAAACUGCGAUGUGGAAAACCAUUGCCGACCUAAAAACCCAUGCGAGAAUGACGGUUUAUGUGUAGAACUGGAAGAUGAUUAUAAAUGCAGGUGUAAAAUCGGAUAUCGCGGAGUCAACUGCGAAGAAAAGGAGUAUUGCAUUCCAAAUCCCUGCAAGAAUGGGGCAACCUGCACCGCUGAACAGCAAGGAUAUACGUGUUCUUGUCAGCCUGGCUUCAGAGGAGAAACAUGUCAAAUCCGGGAAAUGUGUGCCUCCAAUCCAUGUCUGCACGAAGGAACAUGUAUAGAAAUGGAUAACAAUACCUUCAAGUGCCUCUGCGUAGCAGGUUGGAAAGGAGAACACUGUCAUGAUAAGGAUCUUUGUGUUCCAAAUCCAUGCAAGAACGAAGGUCAUUGUGAAGCACAUGGAUUCUCCUUCCAAUGCCACUGUGCCCUUGGCUUUAAGGGAAAUAAUUGCGCAGCAAAAGAUCCUUGCAGCCCGAAUCCAUGUCACCAUGGGGGCCACUGUCUCAGCCACAGUGAAGUUGAUUAUGAGUGUGAAUGUGGAAAAGGAUACACUGGAGUAAAGUGUGAGAGAGUAAACCCUUGUUACCCAAACCCCUGUAAAUAUGGAGGAACUUGUCAAACAACAACAGAUAGUUUUACAUGUAACUGCCCCGCUGGAAGAGUUGGAGAAUUCUGCGAAGAGAUUGACCCUUGUCUUCCAAAUCCUUGCGAAAAUGAAGGAGCUUGCAUCAGACUGAGCCACGGCCAGCACCAAUGUAUCUGCACUAACGCUUUUGUUGGUCCACUUUGCACAGUUUCAAAUCCAUGUCUACCCAGUCCAUGUCUUAACAAUGGGACCUGUGUGAAUAAAGGCAUUGCAUUUGAAUGUCACUGUCCAGGAGCCUUCUCUGGAAAGCGAUGCGAAAUUCAGUCCAAGUGUUUUCCAAACCCUUGCCUUAAUGACGCCACUUGUCGUGACGUUGACAUAGGUCGCGGCUACGUGUGUUACUGCUCCAUUGCAUACCUGGGACCCGACUGUGAAAAAACAAAUUUAUGCUUUCACCACAACCCUUGUCAGAACGGAGGCACGUGCAAAACUGAUGGAACCAACUUAGCGUGUCAAUGUCCUCCGGGUUAUUUGGGUUCGCAUUGUGAACAGGCGAACUUCUGUUUUUCGUCGCCCUGCAAAAACAGAGGAACAUGUUCUCCAAAGACUGAUGGCUUUGAAUGUGACUGCAAACAAGGAUUUUUCGGAAAAACUUGUGAAGCUUUGAGCAGUCACUGUUUCCCAAACCCCUGCAAAAAUGAUGGGUUGUGUGCUGAAGUACAGAGCAAGGAGGGCUAUAUUUGUGUUUGCAAGGAGGGAUUUGUUGGAUCGCAUUGCGAAAGAAAAGAUCCGUGCAUUCCAAAUCCCUGUCAACACAAUGGUACAUGCUUACAGGCUCAUAACAGGCGAGGAUAUCACUGCCUCUGUCAAGCCGGCUGGCGAGGAUAUGCCUGCGAACGUGAAGAUCUUUGCUAUCCCACCAACCCUUGCCUUAAUGGAGGAACAUGUUUCAAUGCCCUCGACACCUUUAUUUGCCACUGUCCUAAAAGAUAUUCAGGAAAACAUUGUGGAAAUGACAAGUGUGCGCGUUGUGACGUAAAUGCGAACUGCGUGGAUGGAACGUGUGAAUGUAGACAUGGUUACGUUGGCAACGGUUUCACGUGCACUCCUGUUGGAAAUCCGUGCCAACCCAACCCUUGUGAAAAUGGCGGAACAUGUCGUCCAGGACAUGGUGAAAAACUGUUCGAAUGCACGUGUCGCGAAGGAUUCGUCGGCACUAAGUGUGAAGAAUCCAAAAGUGCAUGUGCAUCAAACCCGUGCGCUAAUGGAGGAACAUGUGUAGAUGCCACAAACAAUGAUGGUUCACUUCUGGAGGGCGUGAUAUUCACAAAUCAUUCACAAUUCAAAUGUGUUUGCCCCAAGGGUUACGCAGGAGAAAACUGUCAGAAACUUGUCAUGAAUAAUCCUUGCUCCACCCACCCAUGUCUCAACAAUGGGACUUGCUUUGACGAUACAAACAGUGCUGGAAUAGAUCUGAAACUACUAAAUGCUUUGGACUUUCGUUGCUUCUGUCCAAUUGGAUACAGUGGUAUUGUCUGCGAAACACCUAAGUCAGCAUGUCACUCAAGCCCAUGCCUCCAUGGUGGGACCUGCUUAGACUCUUCAAACACAGCUGACGUGGCGUUUAACGCUAACGGUUAUAAAUGUCUUUGCGCCGCGGGCUUCAUAGGAAUGAAUUGUGAAGCCAGCUCAGCAUCUGAAUUAAAGACUGCUACAGUCACAGCUGCCCUUCAGGCCACAGCCAAACCAAUAGGCGCACAGGGAUACAAACCAGCAGCUCAGGUGAUAGAUGUUCAUGCACCCUUAGGGACACCUGGUGCACCAUCAGCUGUAGCCUUGGUGCCACAAGAGCCAAAGGAAACAAGCGCAGUAUUGGGACAAUUGGGUACAACCCUACUAGCCAAACCAGUUACAAGUGUAACCAAGCCGAAUGUUGGUCUGACAGCCGAAAUUGAAAGACCCAAUCAAGGCCAAGUUGGUGUUGUUGUGAUUCCAAAAUCUGCCCAAACACCUCCCGCCAAAACUUUGACUGCGACGGUCCAAGGCUAUGCCCCUCCCAGUUCCUCGAGCAGAGGUCUUGCGAUGGCAUUAGCACCAGGUACACUAGGUCAGAUUGGUUACGUAGUGCCUGCAUCAUCAUCUUUACUGCCAUAUGUGGCUUCUCCGAGCCUGGCACCAGCACCGUCUACUAAUUCCCUUCCAUAUGUGCCUUCCAAAGCAGCACCUGCUCAACCGCCAUCAGCAGGUCUCAUUUCGUCACCUCUAGCAAUGUCAUCUCUGCUUGCCGUACCAUCUUCAUCACCUAAAGUAGCUCAGGCACCUGGGAUUAUAAUGCCCCCAGGGCUAUCACCACCUCCGGGGAAUGGACCUGUCACUUUGGCUCUACGAGGAGGGACACCUGUUUUUGGCCUAGCGGCAAGAAGACAAACUUUGAAUCAGAGGUCAAGAAAUCAUGGUCCUUUCUAUUCAAGUUAUAACGGUUAUACGAGUAGGAGCGCCAACCGAAGAAAUAAUCAACAGAGUUAUAGACAUUAUCCUUAUACCAGAACAAAUUGGUACUCGAAUCCAAACUACGCGAAUCCUUUCCAACGGAGUUACAGACGCGUAAACAAGAAAAAACGAAGCAGUCACGAUCAAGACCCCACAGAUCCUUUACCAACUAGUGACAAAUGAAUGGGAAGAAAUUCUAAACUCCACCUACAGAUG